CUCGGCCGUAAUCAACAUCAACAAACAACAAUCAUUGACGGUGUACCAGUACUUGGUGUACGAAAGCGUUUAAUUGUCCACGAAUAGAAGUAAAAACAGGCAACAAUGGCUCACAUCCAGUACAUCGACGGGCUAAUCCGUGAAUACAUACUAUUUCGAGGCUUUUCCAACACCCUUAAAGUGUUUGACAACGAGCUGAAAGGCGACAAGGACAAAAGCUUUCGUGUGGAUAAAGUGAUAGAACAGAUACUGCUGCUGAUACACAAUCACGAUUUGGGAGGGUUGCGUGAACUAUGGGCCCAUUUAAAUAAUCAUUUGUUUCGUAAUUUGGAGCACCAUUUCGCCACCGCUGUAAAUAAGCUGGAACAAUCGGUGCUGAAAUUCUACCUCAUUGUCGCUUACACCUCCAGCAAGACGGAUAAAAUAACGGAAUUUUUCACCAAACUUUCGCCCGAGCUUGUCAGCCAGAGCGAAUGGAAGGAAUGGUUCUUUUUCCCGUUCUGCAAAAACCCCGAGGACCAUGCCGCGUUUGCCGUAUGCUUCACCAAGCAGUGGCAGGAUACGCUGCUAAUAUCGCUGCACAACUUCCUGUCGACCAUCUACCAGUGCAUGCCGCAGCCCAUUAUUGCGAAGGCCGAAUCCGAGGGUUGUCUCAUAAAAAAGCUACAGGAAGAGAAUGGGCUGUUGCGCAGCAAGCUGGCCUCCAUCCAGCAACAGCAACAACAACAGCAUCUACAGUCAGCCAGUACUGGCGGUCACCAUUCCCGUUUGAGUGGAGCACUGUCCUCCGGGGCAGGAGGAGAUCAGCGGCUUACGACGGACGGUAGAAUCAAAUACUCAACGCGACCCUCGUCCAGUAUGCUUUCGCUGAACGAUCUGCAACCGUUCGGUAUUCCGCCGCCGACGCACAUCGUGGAUGAUUUCUACAUAAUUGCGCAGGAAUCGAACAGCAUCGGUGGGGCGGCCGAAAGCCAAGCCAGAGGCUUGAAAUCUUUGAUCCGAAACAUUGGUUCUGGCGGGAGUCCGGUGCUUGGGCGACGAGAUGCAGCGCACGAGCGAAACAAGAAGCGUUCCGGUAGCGUCGGAAGCCGGGGCAAUUGGAUUUAUAGCAACUAAACAGCGAUCGGCGCGAAAUUGUGCAUUCCUUAUAAUACAAUACAUACACACACCUCACACCCUGAUGAUCUGGCUUUAAUCGAUUACAAAAGAAGGAAAAUGGACGCUCUUUCUUAUUGCUUCACCGUCACAUUAAAUGCUUUAUUUCCAAUCGUUGUGCAUUAAAAUACUGUUUUAAAUCUAGCGUAACGCUGCAUAAGGCAAACCGAACAAUAGGUUACACAACAUUGAUUAAGCGCCAGGCACACACAUCGCUACGAAAAAGGCCACGUCUACCAAAGUUUCAGGAACUUUUACUAAAAUCAUCAGCGACGAAAGCGCCCGCGUUGCUCACAUGUUGGCUUGCAAACGUUAACUUUAAAGUGCAUAAAUAUCGUUGGUUUUCUUUUGUUGUAGGUAUGCUGUGUAUGGGAAAUAUCUUUCUUUUUCAAUAAACUUAGUUGUCCU